UGACAGCUGGCGGGGCGCGGACCGGAAGUCAGUCGUGUGCGCCACGCCUUUCUCGAGCCAGUGUCCAAUUAGCGCCUCCCUUCACCUGUUCGCGGCCCUUCAUUGGCCUAGUAUUGCCGGGAGGCGGAGAGAAAUGGAAGACGGGCGACCAAUCGCAGGGCCCACCGCGAGCGCCCUGGUUGCCCCGGGAAACCUAACAGCCGGCAGCGGCGGUCCUCAGACCCUGGACAGCAGGUAGAGUAUGGACAGCCACAGCGAGGACAGGGACACCGAGGGCGAAGGCGGAGCCGAGGAAGGCCUGACCAAGCAGCCGUCCGAGACCAAGGUCAGCUUGGAACCUCAGACCCCGGCCGACCUUGCGGAGCCGGAGCGGGAGCCGGAGCCGGAGCCAGAGCCAGUGCCAGAGCCAGAGACCCAGCCGGUGGCGGAUGGCCCAAAAGCAGAGGCUUCGGAGGGGAGCGAUGACACGCAUGUCGUGGUCGUGGAAGGUCCGGAGGCCGCUGAGUCAGCGGGCGAAGCAGCAGAAGCCACGAGUGAGGCCGUGUCCCGAGAGCCAGAGAGUCUGCCGAAGACACAGCCCGAGACCGAGCCGGAGCCCAAGGAGCCAGAGCCCAAGGAGCCGCCCAAGGAGCCGGAGGAGGACGAAGACGAAGACGAUGACGAAGAUGAGGAUGAAGACGAGGACGAGGACGAGGAACCCGACAGGUCGGAGAAGCACAAGGACAAGAUGAAGAGGGAGAAGAGCAAGGAGUCACGGUUCCGGCCUCCUCAGCCGCUGACCACGAUCGUAGAGGAGGCGGCUGCUCCAGCUCCACGGGCUGAGAAAGCAAAGGAGUCAGUGCAGAAGAGAGGCAGCAAGGUGAUCGAGGUGAUAGGUCGGGAACGACGCAAGAAAAGCAAAGAAGAGCUUCACCGUGGGGAGGAGGAAGAGGAAGAGGAGGAGGAGGAAGAGAAGGAAGAGGACUUCGAAAACUUUGAGUGGUCGGCGGAUGUGCAAAAGCUGCAAGAGCAGCAGCUGCGGGGUGAGCUCGUGGACCAGUACCGCUCCCUGCUGGUAGAGAGGGACCGGUAUCAGCGCUACAAUAUGUACCUCCAGCAGAAGAUCUACGAGACUCUACGCAAGAAGGGCCUGGAAGCAGCAGCAGAACCUGUCGACCAGAGCGCAGAACCAGAGUCUCCGGAAAAAGAGCAAGCAUACUUGCGCUACCUGGCCAUGCUGGAGGAACUGAAGAAACUAGAGGCAGACGACCUGGAGUGGUACCGACAGGAGGUGCGUGAGCUGAAGCAUCAGUGCCUGGAGAAGCAGGCCAAGGUGGACAAAGAGUGGCGGCGCUUCCAGGCCCUCAAGAAGCAGGUGGUGAUGCAGCUCAUGGGCAGCUGCCGCAUGCGCGGUGGGCGCCAGGCCGCUCUGAGAGAGGUGGAACAGAUUCAGGCUCUGGAGGAUAAAAAGGAGAAGGAGAUGAGCGCAGUACGUCUGGAGAACGUGCAGCUGAAGCAGAGCCUGGUACACUUUGAAACCAGAAUGAAGGCCCAGGAGGACUUGGCUGAGGGGCUGCUCCUCAUCGACUUUGAACAGCUCAAAAUUGAGAACCAGACCUUCAAUGAGAAAGUUGAGGAACGAAACGUGGAACUUUUAAAACUGCGCACUAAGGUGACCAGCAACGUGCAGAUUAUAACCCAUGUGAAGGAAAAGCUGUCUUUCAUGGACAAGGAGAACGCAUGCAAAAAAGCACAACUUUUGGAAAUCGAGAGCCAGGUGGCCCUGGGAAGAGACCUAUUGACAAAAACGAAACAAGCCCGGGACAGCCUGCGAAUUGACAACAUCAAGCUGAAUCAGAAAUGUGGGCUUCUGGGUAAGGAAUCACUCCUCCAAGACUUGGAAGAAAAGGUGGAAAAGACAGAACUGCUCAAUAGACGCCUGGAAUCCCUGAAGCGCCAUCACGCCGGGCUCAUCCUGUCCUGCAAAGGGGUGAAGCAGAAGAUCAGGGAGGCCAAAGCAUUUCUCCCCUCUUGACAGUUCUGGCAGGGCAGUCGGCAAAACCAUCUGCAAUUCCAGAAAUUGUCCUUCACUCUCUCCUGCCUUCUGUC